AUGGUAACCCCUCAGCAGGAGGUGGGAGAAAGUGUCCGCUGCCUCACCUGGACAGAUACCACGGCUGACAUCAUCAUCAAUUAUUCCUGGCAUCUCAGCUUACCCAGGGGGGCCUGGAGGGACCCAGAAACAAUGCCAGGGUGCACUCAAGAGCUGGAGCCUUGGUCUCCUCGUGAGUCCGAGGAAGAGAGUCCAUCAUGCAUCCAACCCAAGAGACUGAGCGGUAAGGAAAUCCCUGGAAUCCCACUCUCGCUCCUGCUGCCUCGCUCUGGGGGCCGGCAGGUCACUUUACAGCUCAUCACCAAAUUAGAAAGGCUGUGGGUCAGCAUGAGCAGCAGCCAGACCACAAAGAGGUAG